UAUAAAAAAGACUUGUAAAUGUGUGGUGUAUUGUCAGGUCAAGUUAUUGUGCAAAUCAGCGUGACAAAGCGGUGAAACAUGGCGCUUGCUGAGCUUUGUGGUUUAAAUUCUAUCAUCAACCUCAAUAAUUCACAGCAAAUCGAUGGAUUCCACCAUGAAAUCGAAUUUCAGAAUUUUACAAAUAGCAUGGCCCUGGCCAUCCCACCUUAUGGCAACCCUGCUGACUUUCUAGGUCAACUUGCCAAAGAAACAGACGGAAGUGGCCAACACCUUAAGAUCAAAUUUGAUCAUGGUACCACUACGUUGGGCUUCAUGUACGAGGGAGGUAUCAUACUCGCAGUAGACUCUCGGGCCACAGGAGGAGAGUACAUUGGUUCACAAACCGUCAAAAAAGUUGUCCCGAUCAAUGAAUACCUGUUGGGAACCGUGGCUGGAGGAGCAGCUGAUUGUCUGUACUGGGAUCGAGUGUUGACAAAACAGUGUCGCCUCUACGAGCUGCGUAACAGAUCGCGAAUUUCCGUUGCUGCAGCUAGCAAAUUGAUGUCAAAUAUGGUUUACAACUACAAAGGAAUGGGCCUUAGUAUUGGUAUGAUGGUUGCUGGAUGGGACAAAAGAGGACCAAGCUUGUAUUACGUUGACUCUCAAGGAACUCGUACUCCUGGGAAAGUUUUCAGCGUUGGCUCUGGUUCCAUAUAUGCAUAUGGUGUUCUAGAUUCUGGUUAUCGUUAUGAUUUGACUGAUGAAGAAGCCUAUGAGUUGGGUAGACGAGCUAUUUAUCACGCUACUCACAGGGAUGCAUAUUCUGGUGGUAUUGUUAGAGUUUAUCAUAUGAAAUCAACUGGCUGGGUGGAUAUCAGUCACCAAGACUGUAAAGAUUUGCAUUAUGCUUAUGUUCAAGAAAAAAGUGCUAAUUAAAGAAACUUUUCCGUAUUAAAGGUCAUGAGUUCUACUAUUUAACAACAAAACAUUUUUAUUACAAAGCUGUUCAAUACCAUUACACAUACAAAUCAAUUUGAUACGUUA